AGAGUGACUUGGGUCCACGAUUAGUUAAUAUUUACAGGACAUGAAAAGGCUACUUCUAAAAUCCGUAUAAAUGUCAGAUGUCCCCUUAAGUUAGCCCUGGCAAGGUAGACACUGAGGGUCAUAAGAUGAGAGUGAUUCUGCAUUGUGGUGUGAUCGCUGCCCUUCUCCUGUCUGUGGCUUGGGCCGCCCCACAGGGCGCUGAUGACCAUGAGGGCCACGACCACGGGCCCCACACAGCAGAUCACCACCACCACCUCCAUCAUGGUGAGGAUGAAUCUCAUCCGCAGCAUGAGGGCCAACAGAGCAACGCGCUCAGUAAACCCAAUGCUGACUUUGCCUUUGCCCUCUACAAGAAACUGAGUGCCUUACCUGAAUUCCAGUCAAAGAACAUCUUCUUCUCCCCACUGAGCAUAUCCAUGGCUCUGUCCAUGCUGGCUCUUGGGGUCAAAGGUGAUACCUUCUCUGAGCUCUAUCAGGCUCUAGGCUAUGCUGAACUUACCCCUGAAACUGUCAAUGUGGCCUAUGAGCACAUCUUUCACAUGCUGGGCCACAACAAAGAACACAUGCAACUUGAUGUAAGCAACGCCGUUGCGGUAAUGGAAGGAGCAAAGGUCAUAGAUCAAUUCUUAGAGGACGCCAAGCACUACUUUGACAGUGAGGCAUUCUCUGUUGAUUUCUCUAAACCUGAUGUUGCUGUUCAAGAGAUCAACAAGUACAUUGCUCAAAAAACCAACAACACGAUCACUGACAUGGUGAAGGAGGUGGAUCCAGCCACUCUUAUGAUGCUAAUAAACUGCAUUUACUUUAAAGGUGAAUGGAUGGAAUACUUUGAUCUAGAGCUAACUCAAAAAGGAGACUUCCAAGUGGAUGAAAACACAAAAGUGUCUGUCGAUAUGAUGCAGAAUCAGGGUUUGUAUGAAUUCUAUGAGGACAAAGAGAACUUCACCACUGUGCUUAGGCUUCCGUACAAGGGCAGUGCAUCUAUGAUCAUCGUCCUACCUGACGAGGGGAAGAUGAAGGAGGUUGAGGACAGCAUUUGCCGACAUCAUUUGAAACACUGGGCGUUAGCAAUGGAGGGUGAAUCAAGCUCUGUGCGAGUUCACAUGCCAAAAUACUCCAUUUCUGGCAAAUAUUCACUGAAAGAUACCUUGGAGGCAAUUGGUGUUGUAAGUGCUUUCUCUGAUACGGCAGACCUUACCGGAAUGACUGGGCAAAAAGUGAAAGUAUCAAAGGUGGAACAUCAAGCAGUCCUCAAUGUGGAUGAGAAAGGCACAGAGGCAGCCGCCGCCACAACAGUGGAGAUUGUACUGAUGUCAUCCCCUGUCCAACCGAAGACAGUGAAAAUCAACAGGCCUUUCUUUGUCUUCAUCAUGGAUUAUAAAACUAGAAGUAUUCUGUUCAUGGGCAAGAUUUUAAACCCCGCAGCUAAGUGAACAGAGCAUCGGAGUGUAUUGUGUGUACAGAUCGUCAAAGGGAAAACUUAUGUAGAUGUAUAGAUGUUUUAAAAUACAUGUAAUAAAUAUGACAUGAUGUACACCAAAA